AUGGGCAAAGGCGAUGGCAAGUGGGGCAAGAAGGGCGACGGGCUUGGGCCGGGCAUGGGUCCAAUGGGCCCUGGUGCCCCAGGCGCCUGGAAAGGUCUUGCCAAAUGGGGUGGCAAAGGUGAUCGCAGCGAGAAGGGGAAUUGGAUCUCCCAGCCCGAGGAUGGGCCAGAGUUAAAACGGCCGCGGAUGGAUGCCAUGGGCCCCGCGUUCUCCUUGAAAGGCAAGGAUGGAGGGAAGGGCAAAGGCUUGGCACCUGGCUUGGGUGGCUUCAGUGGCAAGGGCGAGGACGCCACCGGUGGCAAAGGAGACUUAGAUCACAUUGGCCCCAUGUGCCACUCCAAGCCUCAUCUAAGGCCUUGCUGGCAAGGGGCCGGGCCCUCGAGACUCCCUGCGACUGCACGCACCAUCACUGUUGCACCACGAGAUGAGAGCAGCACCCGCCAGAGGCUGAUGCCGGGCGUGCUACCGCCCGCCCCCCUGUAG